GUGGAGUGACGGACAGGGGGUAUAGGAGGGAUUACUAGCCGGUAGACAAUGAGCUGCAGAGCUUUAAAUCAGUGGGGAAGAGCGCAUCUGGGAGAUAUAUAGAAGCUGCUACUUGUAUAUAGAGACGACUAGGUGCGUUAUCAUAAGGGUUCUUAUUGUGCUUUAAGUAUUCGCAGCCCCCUCCUGAACUUGCUGUUCCUUGUCGGGGACCCUCUCAGUCUGUAGCCCCUCCCCGUCCAGGGAGUUACUUUGAUUUCCGCCCACCCUGAGUGAUUGAAGUGCAUGGACAUGGAGUUGCAGGAAACACUAGCAGUAUAUAAAGAAUUUGCCUUCAAAUAUUUAUAUGACGCCAGAAAUUUUGUCAACGAGGCAUGCAAAGGAAAAGACUCAUGCCAUCUUAUUGCUCUGACUGUCACGUCUACACUUCUAUCUGUAUGGAUUUACAACUUUAUUUUUCAGCGUGAAAGUCUUAAAUCCAGGUGUAAAAAGCAGUUUUUCAAAACUGUACGUAGAUUACCUUUCAUCGGCACAAAGAUUCAGAGUCAGCUGAAUAAAGCCCUAGAUGAAAUGUCUGACAGGCUGGUGUCCUUAAAGGAUGGGAUGAGCUAUGUGAAGGCGCUGCCCCAGACUGGACUCAAGCAGGAGCAAGUAAUGGAGAAGCUGAAAGAAUAUUCUGCCCUUGGUGAAGUGUCCUGGGAAACAGGAAAAGUUUCUGGGACAGUUUACAGUGGAGAAGAAAGGUUGACGCAACUACUUGUAAAGGUUUAUGGAGAAUUUGCCUGGAGCAAUCCUUUACAUCCUGAUAUUUUCCCUGGUGUCCGAAAAAUGGAAGCAGAAGUAGUCAGAAUGACGUGUACACUCUUCAGUGGAGACCCAGAGUCUUGUGGGACAGUGACUUCAGGUGGCACAGAAAGCAUACUCAUGGCGUGCAAAGCAUAUCGGGACCUUGCAUAUGAGAAGGGGAUAAAGGACCCAGAAAUUAUCGCCCCUGUGAGUGCACAUGCAGCCUUUGAUAAAGCUGCUCAUUAUUUUGGAAUGAAGAUGGUACAUAUUCCACUGGACAGCAAGACCAUGCAAGUAGAUGUAAAGGCAAUGAGAAGAGCAAUUUCCAGGAAUACAGCAAUGCUCGUAUGUUCAGCUCCUCAGUUUCCCCAUGGUGUCAUUGACCCUAUAGAAGAUGUAGCAAAGCUUGCACUGAAAUAUCAAGUCCCAUUUCAUGUUGAUGCCUGUCUGGGUGGUUUCCUCAUUGUUUUCAUGGAGAAAGCUGGGUUCCCUUUAAAGCCAUUUGACUUCAGAGUCAAAGGCGUCACCAGCAUCUCGGCUGAUACACACAAGUAUGGUUAUGCACCCAAAGGAUCCUCUGUAAUACUGUACUGCAAUAAAAAGUACAGACAUUAUCAGUUCUUUGUCGCACCAGACUGGCAAGGUGGUAUCUACGCAUCUCCUGCUAUAGCAGGUUCCCGUCCCGGAGGUAUAGUAGCCGCCUGCUGGGCCACCAUGAUGCACAUUGGAGAAGCUGGAUACAUAGAAGCCACCAAGAAUAUUAUUAAAGCGGCACGUUUCAUUGAAACAGAGUUACGGAAGAUCAAAGAUAUUGUUAUUUUUGGGAAACCUGAAGUCUCUGUAAUUGCAGUUGGGUCAAAUUCUUUUGACAUAUACCGUUUGUCCAACUCCUUAACGGCAAAGGGCUGGAACCUCAACACACUCCAAUUCCCAUCUAGCAUUCAUCUCUGCCUUACGCUGUUGCAUACAAAGCCUGGAGUUGCCCAACAAUUUGUGAAAGAUGUCCAAGAAUCAGUCGCUGUUAUAAUGAAAGAUCCUGGAGCCAAAACCACUGGAAUGGGUGCUAUUUAUGGCAUGGCACAAGCCAUCCCUGACAGGUCCAUGGUAACCGAAAUUUCCCAAGCCUUCCUGGACUGUUUGUACAGCACAGAAACUCGUUUGUCUGCCAAGCAAAUAAAUGGUGCUUCUGGACACCACUAAUGACAACCUCCUUCUCUUAAUCGGUACUAUUAAGAACUGCAGGGAUUUGUAGCUGCAGAUUGCUAUGUGUUUUUUGUUUGUUUGUUUGUUUUGUUUUUCUUUUUAUUCUUUGAACCUGUUAGGGUUUUUAUGAGCAAUAUGUAAAUGCCAGUUAGUGAGGUACUUGUUCGAUUUCUAUGUAUAUCCUUUUCUUUGUAAACAGGGUAAAAUGUAUUUUGAAAGAUAAAUACUGAUUUUAAAACGCCUAGAAAUUAAACAUUCCGUAUUUUGCCUUA